AAAUAAAUUAUAAACAAGAAGCUAGCAACAAAGAUAUGGGAUUAGUUCACCGCGGGUUUUGAUGCUUACGCUACUAUUUCACAUGUAAAUGGACAAUGAAAGAUAUCUUAAGAACUUCUUAUUCUUACUUGAAAAGAAAAAUUAGGCCUUCCUCCAUACCGCUUUUCCCGAAAUCUACAAUCUUCAGUGUAUUCAGGAAAUCAAAGGUAGUCGAAUCUUUGGACUCUAUUCGAAAUCCUCCAGCGACAGCGCAGUUUGCAUUAAAAAAUGCCUAUAUACCACUCACUCGUAGGGCGCUUGUUCGAGAACUUUUACAGGAUAGUAGUACAGUAUUACCAUUCGAAAGAAAAAGCUUCGAGAAAAUAGCUGUCUUUCUUGAUAGAAAGCUUGAAAGUCAGUUUCAAAUUCUUCAGAGUGAAUUUUCGGUUCUAUCACAUCCUCUUGAUGUUUCAAAUAAUUCAGAAGGGACCAGUUCGUCUUCUGUUGAUACAGCUAAUAAUGCGAAUGAACUUGACCGAGAAUUCUGGCUUCUUCGUCGGUUAGCAGAUAUUGCUCCUAUAGCUGGCUUUAUUGAAAUACCUCAACAACAAUUACAAAAAGCGUGCAACUCAAUCAAAUCAAAACAUCAUGGUUUAAUAGCUUAUGUCGAUCCGGACGAUUAUGAUGUACUUCGUUUUUGGAUUCGUGGAUUUCAUCCAAAUUUUAAUGCUACUCCAGCUUGUUCUACUAUUUCCAAUUUGACUGAUUCCAUAUCGAUCCACUAUGAACGUAAACAAAGCACAUUUAAAAAAGUAUUCAUACGAGUUUCUCAACUGUUUAAUAUAUUGGAACGAUCAAUAAAACGUAGUUAUUCUCCAAAUAUACAUGGUUAUGAAUCAGUGGAUUCAUUCACUACUAAAUCGGAUGGAUUUUAUUUCAGUCGAGUAUUAAUGUGUGUUCGAAGAAAAAAUAGUCAUAAUUUAGACUUGAAACUGUUCGAAAAUGUACCUGUUACAGGUAUUGUACGUAAUUCAACUUUUGCUGAUAAUCUCUUAUAUCUUUUACCAAAUUUACGUACAAUUCCAUUGAGUAAAAGUUCACGUUCAGCUAUUUUAUUAAGUACAACUACAGCUGUAUGUUGUUUAGGUGUAAUUAGUCCUAUCGCUUGGUUAUUUAAUUCAAAUAAUUAUGAUUUAGUAUUAGCUUGGUCUAUGGCUGCAACUUCUUGUGCUAUUACUACACUAUCCAUUGUAUGGGUUCGUUAUUGGCGUGCACAAACUAAUUUAGCUAAUAACUUAAAGUAUAUGCAAUAUCUUUGUUGUCAAAGUUCUGGACUACAAUCAAUCAAUACUUUGUUGAAACUGGCGCAUGAACAAGAAUUUAAAGCAGCUUUACUUACGUAUGCUUUAUUGUUAAGACCUACUGACAGCAAUACUGCCUUAACUCCUGUACAGUUGGGUUUUCGCGCUGAAUCUUGGAUUGCUAAACACUUAUCACCUCAAUCUCAUAUUUCAUUACCAUCUUCAAUUGGUGCACCAAUCACAGGUGAUUCUCUUAAUUCACGAUUCAAUGGUGGCUCUGGUCCAUUAUUCGACUUAUCAUUUGAUGCAAAUAGAUCUUUACAAAUACUACGACGUUUAGAUUUAGUUCGUGGAUCGGAAUCAUCACCAAAUGCAGUUAGUCCUGAUACAGCAUCUGUAGAUAUUCCAAAUGAUGGUUUAUCUAAUUCAAUUGGAUUAGAUCGUCUCUGGGUGACAGAUCCAUUGUUUAAAGAAUCAGAUUUAAAUUUGUCAAAAUCAAAUUAAUGUUAAUUUUCAUAGAAUCUUAGUUGAAUUUAUGGUUGUUUGUUAUUAGGACACAUUGACUAAUCUCUUCUCUAGAACAUAGAUAUAUACUUGUCAAAUGUCUUUUUUCCUUUACAAUCGCACACAACAUUUAACUAACAGUGAAAAUAUAUUAUUUAGUUAUAGUAUAGGAACAUUUCGGUUUUGUAUUUUAAACUAGUUUUAAUGCAAACUAUAAUGAAUUACUUAUUGCUCCCCGUUUUCUUUUCUUAUAGAAAAAAACAAAAUAUUUUUCUCUCUAAUCAUUGCCUUUCAUCAUUUGUUCUUUUAAUGAAAUGUCCUUAGUUUUAUAUGAAGCUAAUAAACCAUAAAUUUGUUGUAUAUUACUUCUUUUCUACAAACAAAAUUCAGUCUCAACCAUUCACUCUUUAAAUUCUUGCUUACAUAUUAAUUUCUAAAUGUUUAUUCAGUGAAACGUUGCCUUCUAUGUUAGUUUAUGAUUUCAGAAAAUAUAGUGUAUAGAAAUAUUA